UCUUUUCCCUCCUCCUUUCUUGGCGCUUGCUGUGAGUGUUUCGGGCGCUAAACGGGGCACAGAGGGGUAAUCCGGGGUAAUCCACGAUUGGGUGCCGACCUCGCGCUGCCCUGCGCCCCCCCGUAGCCAUGCCUCGCAAAAUCGAGGAAAUCAAGGACUUUCUGCUCACGGCCAGGCGAAAGGACGCCAAAUCCGUCAAGAUCAAGAAAAAUAAGGAUAAUGUGAAGUUUAAAGUGCGGUGCAGCAGAUACCUUUACACCUUGGUCAUCACGGACAAGGAGAAGGCAGAGAAACUGAAGCAGUCCCUGCCCCCAGGUUUGGCAGUGAAGGAGCUGAAGUGAACCUGGCCCACUGAUUUGAACUGUAUUAAAGUUUUAAAAAUUCU